AUGCAGCUAAAACACGGAAGCCCGUUAAGCGAAAGCUUCUUCUAUUCCGUCCUCAACCAUUUGAUAGUUUUCUACAGUCAAUUAUUAUCCCAAAUGCUGCAUCGUACAGAACCGUUUAGAAUUGAAUAUACUACUAAAGAAUAUAAAGAAUCUACAGGUUAUUUAUUAGCUAAUGAAUAUGCAAUGAGAAUAACAAUGAAUAUGAUUAUCUGUUCAAAAAUGAUACAUUAUCGCAUUCGAAGACGGUGA